GAUUCCCUCUUCUUUUUUUCAUAUAUAUAUAUACAGAUGUUAGAAAGAGUAUUAUUGGUCAAACACUUGGUGGUUUACUGUUUGCUACUCUUGGAGGGCAACCUUUGGUUAUUAUAAUGACCACAGCACCUUUGGCGUUAUACAUCAAAGUAAUAUACAGUAUAUGCGAAGAUUUUAAUUUAAAUUUCUACGCCAUGUACGCAUGCGUUGGCCUAUGGAACACCUUCUUCCUGGUGAUGUAUGCCCUAUGUGAUGCAAGCAAACUUAUGACAUUUUCCACUAGGUCAACGGAAGAAAUAUUUGCCUUGUUUAUCAGUAUCGCUUUCUGUGUUGACGCUGGAAGAGAUGUGUAUAAAAAUUUUCAGAAGUAUUACUACGCACCGGCAUGUGUGGAACAAGAAACUUUCUUUUCCCAGCUCUCUGAUUGGCUGGAUAACUCCACCAAUAAUAACUCUCAGUCACUAAUUGCACUGCCAGACUGUAAACGCGAAAACAGCCUACUGUUUUUGUUGUUGAUGUUCGGAACUGUCUGGCUGGCAGUGUCUUUAUAUAACUUCAAUAAAACACCUUACCUACAAGCAAGUAAACGGGAAAUGUUAGCCGACUACGCUCUGCCAGUAGCGGUAAUUACCUUAAGCUUCAUUGGCUCCUUCGUCUUCCAGGACAUCCAAACUGAACACUUUCACUUCAGCACCAGUAUCAGUUUUAGCAGAGGGCGCUUUGAGGAGCUUUCUUGGACAGCCGUUGUUGCUUCGAUGGGAUUAGGCUUCGCACUAUCUCUAUUGUUCUUUAUGGACCAGAACAUUUCCGCUGCCAUGGUGAACAACCCCUGCAAUAAAUUAAAAAAAGGUCCAGGCUACCAUCUAGAUCUCUUCGUGGUGGGACUAUUGAAUGGUUUCCUUUCCUUGUUUGGGCUCCCAUGGAUGCAUGGGGUCCUACCACACUCCCCACUUCACGUUCGGAGCCUGGCGGAUGUCGAGGAACGUGUAGAACAAGGACACAUCUAUGAAAUAAUUGUUAAAGUUCGGGAAACGCGGGUGACAGGCAUUAUAUCUCACAUUCUUAUUGGUCUAUCAAUAUUCUUGCUCCCAUACCCACUAGGCUACAUUCCUAUUGCCGUUUUAAAUGGGCUGUUUCUUUACAUGGCUGUGACAUCUUUAAAUGGUAACCAGAUGUUUGAAAGAAUUACCUUGCUAUUUAUGGAACAGACUGCCUAUCCACCAAACCAUUACAUUAGACGUUGCCCACAACGAAAGAUUCAUGUAUUCACCAUUUGUCAAGUGAUUCAACUGGCUGCCAUGUGUUUUUUUGGUUUCUCACCCUGGCCCUAUGUAAAGAUGGUGUUUCCCGUUAUGAUUCUUCUGCUUUUACCCAUUAGACACAAGGUGAUACCUUAUCUUAUUCAAGAAAAGUUUCUGGAAGCUCUCGAUGGUGAGCAUCAGUAACUUCAAGAAAUAACUGCAAUAAUUCAUCUCUGACAGAACCACUACCUUCGGUUUGGGAUGCAGCGAUCUCGUGCACUGCACUCAUUCCACAAACCUUUCCUGCUCAAUUAUGAAAGAAAUAUGCGUCCUAGAAAAAAGGUUGUACAUAGACAUUUGUACAGACAAAGAAAUUAACCAAAACACAUCGAAAGUCCCCAUGUGUUUAUUUCUUGUUACCCAAUCAUCAGUGUCACGAUAUUAAUGCUGUAGUUUGGGGCACAUAGAUACUAUAUUAUUUGUGUGUAUGUAAUAUAUGCAUAUGAAAUUUAUAUGAUUUAUUAUUGAUAUUUUCUAAACCAAUUAAAAUAAUUAUUAAAAACAUUACCAAGCAGGUUUCCAAGUAGCGAUAGACGUAUUAACCUACCUCUCCACGUCCAUAUCUCGAUAGAGCCUCUACUCUCGUUAUAAUGAUCUAUUGUCUGACAAAAUACCCUCGUCAACACUGACGCUAGUCACCAUGGAGACCACCCUCAGCAUAUGCAUACUUACAUAUAUACAACAUAAAGCUGUUCACGCAAAUCACCCUGGUUUUUACCUCAAGUUGAUAGGUAGUUAAUGAUGUAACUAGGAAAGGUUAUCAAAUUUAAAUCAUCUGUGUACAUUUAACAACUACAAGGUGAAUUCCCAAUCUGUCUAACUUUAUUCUGGUGUUGGUGUUUGAAAAUUGGUCAGUUAGAGUAGGGUUAGUUGUAGUCAGUGUUGAAGUUUACUUUAUAGACCUUCCAACAGUCUGUUCUUAUUAAACUGACCAAGAGAUGAAGGUAAUACUGAAACUUUUAUUAAACUAUUUCAGACUUGUUAGUUUUGAUUGUGUAGGUUAAUAGUCAAGGUAAUAUUUUAUAAGUACACCUAUGCAAAAUAUUUUAUCAUUUAAUUUACAGUUGUCAAGUAGAAGUGGAAAUAACCCUACUAGUAUUAUAGAGAAACGUUUAUGAAUUUUUCGCUUCAAGUCAAUGAAUCUGAAAAAUAAGAUGGUUAACUACUGUGAAGGGAAGAGAAAAUAUGUCAUUAGCAUAAUGCUUAUUUAUUAUUAACCUUUCUAUGAAAUCUGUGAAUAUGUAUUUAAAAACUAACAGAAUUCAGAACAAACAAGUACUACCUAUAAAUCUGCUUAACCCCCCUUUUUUUAUCAUUUUAUUCAAGUUAUUCCGGUAUUUGGCUGCUUUAAAAGGUGUAAAGUAAAUAGUAAUUUUUUUUUAUUUGUAACAGUAAGUUUCCUAUAAGGCUAAGGAUGACAGUCUUCUUUAGAGAGUUUGUAUGAUUUGAACCUAAUAUUAUUAUAUAACCUAUAAUAGAAGUUAUGAGAUGUUAAAUAGAACAUAUUUUUAAGGAUAAAGCACUUGAUGUGUGUAUAUAAUCAACCAUUUACUAAUCACUUAACGCGACUAACGAACACCACAUAUUAAAAAUGUAUUCAACAGUGACCCAUGUGGUCUGCAGUCUUUCCACCUUUAUACCUUCUUUAAGCAAUCUGUCGUAAGUUACAUUUGCAACAGAUAAAUAAUUAUUAUAUUUCUGUAAUCCACACUAAACUUUGUAUCAAAAUAAAGACAAAUAAUACAGAUUACUGUGAGAGUUAAGAUUCCAUAUAAAUAUAACAAGUACGUUCAAUUUACAUAAAGUAAUCACUACCAAGAACAAGUCCAUUUGAAGGUCGGGUCAAAAGGCCAUGGGUAUAAGCAAGAGUUUGGUAACCUCUAAUAAAUCAGGUUGAAAGAUCAGGUCACUAGUAAAAGUUAAGGUUGUUAGUUAAUGAAAGGUCGAUUGUUUUAUGAUCAUUGCAUCUCGUUUUUAAAUUUGUUUCAUGGGGUGGAACGAGGUUAGAAGGUAAACAGAAAUAAAUGAACAAGACAAAUCAGGAUACAAGUUACGGAGUCAAUGAUCUUCCAAACUUUCUAAAUAUCAUUAUUAAGCAUGCCAAAAAAAAAAAAAAAAGAGUUGUUACUGGUUUGAGAAAUUUUUGUUGUUAGGAAAAUAACUACAUAUUUUAGUUUAUGACAUCUACUGUCGUACACUUCAUCUAGUUCUGGUUACUUACGGAGCUUUUAAUCUCUAAAAGUAUUUAUACAGGCUUAGCUAGCAGCCUGUAACAAGGUGUAGUUAGAAGGUAGUCACUGUUUAAAUGAAUGUUCUAUGCUGUGAUCUAAUUGUAGCCUGUUAAUUUCUUGCUGAAUAGGUAGAUUAUGCUGUAAGUGGUCUAUUUAGCGUGUAGAAAAAAUAGAAACGUGUAUAGAAUGAAUGUGUAAUUCAAAGCCAUGUUUGAUCUUGUUAUUAUUUAUACAAACUACCAUAGAUUUUUGUAACUGUAAGAUAAAUUUAUGGAAGGCAACCUGCAUGGUAAAUAGUAAACAAGUUAAAGAACAAAUACUGUUAUAUAUAUAUAUAUAUAUAUAUAUAUAUAGUUGGAAUAUAUGCUUUCCAUCUGUUAAAUGAUUAUUAUUAUAUAGGCAACUUUGGAUUCAAUGCUUGCAGACAUUUGGUAUGUUAUAUAUGCUUGCAAAGGAAGUAGUAACUAAUGUUCUAUAUAUAAAUAUAUAGCUCUUACUGUAGAUACUGUUUUUUUACAACAGUAUAUCAGAGAUUAAGUAAUAGGAAGCACUUUAUGUGACCAGUAUAAAUUAUGUACAUGACAAAAAAAAAAAAGGUUACGGGUGUUAUU